AUGUCUACAUAUAACAACAACGACGAUACCUAUAAGUCCUCUGGUCGCCAGGGAGCUCCUUCCAACAACGAUGAUUCAUUCACAAACACCACUAGUGGGUAUGGAAAUGAGGGUCGCGGCAACACUACCAGCGCCAGAGGCAUUGGUGGUACGGGUUCAACAUUCGAUGAUCAGGAAGGUGGUACAUAUGGAGGAUCUUCCACUCAAGAAAACCGUGGUAUCAAUACUGGAAACUCUGGAGGAUUGAGAGAUAGUGAGUUUGGCUCGAGCGACUCGAAGCGUGGAGGAGAUCUAGGUGAUGAGCGUAAUAAGUUCGGUGGUGAUCGGGGUUAUGGGGGAAAUACGGGAUCUGGGUUGGGUGAUGAUUCUUCAUCGGGCUUUGGUAAUACAUCUACUUCUCGCUCUGGCUACGGACAAGAUACUUCUACUGGUCUUGGCAACACAUCUACAUCCCGCUCUGGCUAUGGACAAGAUACUUCUGCUGGUCUUGGCAACACAUCUACUUCUCGAUCUGGGUAUGGUGAUAACACAUCAUCUGGACUCGGAGAUUCCGAGUUUGGUGGAAAGUCCAGUUCCGGUUAUGGAGACAAUACCUCUUCAGGCCUUGGCAAUACCUCCACUUCUCGUUCAGGAUACGGAGAAGACAGAUCCGCAGGUCUAGACAGCUCUUCUUUCGGUCGGGACAACACAACCACCUCUUCCGGAUAUGGCGACAAGACCUCUCGCUCCGGAGACAACACAUCUGGCGGGCUAGGCGGAAACGCCGACUCAUACAACACCAAUAAAAGCAGUUCCAGUACCGCCUACGCUGCAGAUGAUAAAUACACCUCUGGUAGCACGGGCUCGAGAGAUCAUGACAAUACUUCUAGUUCCAACACAGGCAAGGGAGGUGAUUCUACCAUGGGCAAGGUGAUGGAGAAGGCGGGUCAGAUGCUUCACAAGGAUAAUUUGGUUCAGAAGGGUGAGGCUAAGCGUGCUGCUGCAGGGAAUUGA